GGCGGAGCCGGGCCGUGCCGGGCGGGCGGCGGGGCUGGGGCCGUGCUCGGCGCUCGGAGCCGGGCGCGUCCUGCCGCCGCUCGCCCUCCGCGGCCCCGGGAGCUGCCCCGGUUGCGCCGCAGUGGCAAGGAGCGGGGGUGUCCCGGGAUGUCCUCGUCGCCCACCGAGGAGUGCCGGUCGCCCGUGGGGCUGGACUGCUGCAGCUGCUGCCUGGACUUGGCCAACCGGAGCGGGCUGGAGGAGGGGGCCGGGGGCGAGAACAACAACCUGGGUAGCCCCACCGUGAGCAGCUUCCGGCAGCUGCAGGAGCAGCUGGUCCGCAAGAACCUCAACACCGACAAGCUCAGUUCCAUCAUGCGCCAGGACUCGCUGGAGCCCGUUGUGCGGGACCCCUGCUACCUCUUCAACCAGGGCAUCUGCAACAGGAACAUCGACCAGACCCUGCUCUCCAUCCUCCUGCUCUUCCACAGUGCCUCCGGAGCCAGCGUGGUGGCCAUCGACAACAAGAUCGAGCAGGCAAUGGAUCUUGUAAAAAAUCACCUGAUGUAUGCUGUGCGGGAGGAAGUGGAGGUCCUGAAAGAGCAAAUAAAAGAACUGUUGGAGAAAAACUCCCAGCUGGAGCGUGAGAACAGCCUCCUGAAGACGCUGGCCAGCCCUGAACAGCUGGAGAAAUUCCAGUCCCGACUCCCCACGGAGGUCCUGUGCCCGGAGGAACAGAGCCCCGGGGCAGCUGCCCCUGCCCAGCACUCCGGGGCCUCUGCGGUGUAAGGUGGCUCUGUCCUCGGGGUGGGCAGAGCCACAGAACUCUUUCUACUUAAUCUCCUGCAAAAUUGUUUCCACCUUCAUCUCACACGAAGGACUGCCAGACCGUGGCACUGAGCCGUGGACCCCUGGGCAGCCCCGGCCAGCCAGCAGAGCCAGUGUCUGUCACCUGCACGAGGAUGCUCUUCUGCGAGGGAGAUGCAGGGAGCCGACCCCUCCCCACCCAACCUGCCCUCUGACAGGAGUAAAUUGUCAACCUGCCCAUCCCAGGCUGUACUGAAGCCUGGGCAUCAGCACCCACCCUGGCAGUGGGGGGCAACCUUCGACACGCUGACGGGAAUCCAGGGUUGGAAGGAGCACACGCCGAGCCCCGUGCACUUGCUGCAGCGUGCUGGGGAGGGGGGGCUCAUCUGGCACUGCCUGAACCUGGAGGAAGACCGUUGUUUAGUGAGCAAUGAAGAUUUUGUCCCGCUCGCCACCCAGGAGCGUACUGGAGCCCAAACCUGACUGAGCAGCCCCGGUGGUGGCAGUUGCAGCAUAGAGCAUGGCUGUACACACAUCAGUGUGGGGAUUACAGUGGAAAAAAAAAAGCUUGUUUUGUUAGUUUGGGCAUCUUCUGUAGCCAUACCAAUACAUGAAGACCUGCAGGAGCGGUGCCUAUGGGGUCAUCCGUGUCCAUCUCUGUACAGCUGAGGGAUUCGAAGCAAGACUGGAGGGGCCAGCAGCUGGAACUGGGUGUCCAGCACUGCCCGAAGGAGGGGAUGGAGUCACCUCUCUGGCAUCCACCGUGACAGCGCUGCGAGGAUGGGGACUGCGACAGACUGAGCUCUAGCCUGCCAGGGUGGAGGGAGCCAGCCAGAGCCUCUGGGCUCCCUUCUUCCCUGGCCAACUCUCUGGGAAGUGACAGGACGUCCCUUUUGACGUCAGAAGCGGUGAUACAGUUGUGUAAAUCUAGAUAGAAAUUGCAAUAAACUUUACUUUUUAUAUAAA